CCUACCCCUUUCCCAAUCCUCUCAUAUUUCAUCUUCUCCUUUACUCAAAUCACCAAAAACAACAGAAAAGAAAAAAAAAAACUUUUAAUACCAGCAAAAACAGAGUCUUCAAAAAUACACCUUCUUCAAUUUUUUUUAAUAUAAAAUGGCUCUUUCAAGGAUUUCUGCAUCCAUUUUCUUGAUGUUUCUAUUGGUCUUAGCUUCUGUUUCAUCAUCAACGGAAGCAAGAAAGUUAUUAAACUCGCAUGAAGUGAAAAAAAUACCAAAUUUAGCCUCUCUAUAUCUAAAUGCUCUGCCUAAGGGCACAGUUCCAUCUUCUACACCUAGCAAAAAAGGUCACUCUUAUACCACCGAUGAAAAGCUUAUCGCCCGUCACCUCGCUGCCAUCGAUCGGAUUCUCCGGUCAGUUCCUAGCCCCGGAGUAGGCAAUUAAUUUAAUAACAGGCAUGCGGUCAGAGCCUUGACUCUUUCGGAUAUUCAUGGUCUAUACAUGUAACAACCAUUUUUUUUAUAUUACAGUUUUGGAUUCAUUUUCUUGAUGGAGGGAAUUAAAUUAGGUCAGGAUUCGUAAACAUAAUAUAAUGCAAAAAAAAUGUACAGAUGGAGACUUGAGAGUGAUGAUAUAGGAUUUUUAUUUAUUUAUUUAUGGAGUUGUACACAACUUAUACUUUUAAUUUUAUUAUUGUUGUUGUUGUUAGAA